AUGGCCUUGCGCCUCGCUGCAGCCGUUUACGCAGGCGGGUUCUUCGCUGGUGCACAGCUAGACACCAGCCCGUGGAUGUGGGCCACCGUGGUCGUGACCGAGACGGUCUGGACCAUGUGCGCUGCUGAGGAGACGACAACCAUCGUCGAGCAGGGCCCCGUGUCGACGAGCAUCGUACUCGCCAACGCCGUGCUCAGCGACAUCACCAUCCAGCCUGCCAGCUCGCCCGCGUGGUGCUACAGCCUGCCGACGCCGCUGUCGGCGCUCGACUCCAUAGCGCUCUCGGUGGACAGGGCCAGUCCCACCGCCCCCAGCACCGCCUCGGUAGCCGAUGAGGACGCUGUCUUCUUCUAUGUCGGGGACAACGCCACGGCGCCAGAGUACGUCGGGGCGCUGGUCGACGGCUCGCCUUUCCUGCUCGACAUCUCUUCCAACGCGUCCGCUGCCGGUCAUGUCGCGCUCGUGUCGUCGGCGACCGGCGAGACCCUUGUGUUUGACGCUGCUGGCAUGCACCGCUUCGCCCCCGGCUGUGUUGCGGUCUCGUCGGUUCUGGUGGCGGGGUUCAUGGAACAGAUGGUGGAUAUCGUGUCGCAGAUGCCUGUCGCUCAGUCAAAUGUCUUUGGCCAGGACAGCGUGGCUGUUGCCCAGAAAGUGGCUCGCAGUAAAUCAGCCCCGAAGAUGGCAGAGACCAACUUUACGGUCGUUGUCGAGGUUGAUGAUAUCAUCGACGCCCUGCUCAGGGAGCCGCAUGUCUUCUUCGGGCCGUCCGAGUGCGCCUUUCUCUCGCGGGACGACAAGGCAGGCGGCGACUGGACGGUGCUGUCUUGGACGUGCCAGUUCCCUGGCGCCAAUAGCGGCGAGAAGGCCUGUGAGGCCGCUUUCCACUCGUGGCUCGAGCCUGACGGGACCAUCGCCACGUCCACAAUCAUUGCCAGAACGACGGUCGCGGCCACGACCGUGGUCGAGCUCUCUCCCCAAUGCAAGCCCAUCAGCAACGGCCAUGACCUCUUUUUGUGCCUGCCACAGUUUGUGCGCGCAGCAGGGGCGCCGCUGACAGACCUCCUGCCGGGCAUCGAUGCCCAGCUUCGGCGCGGCCUAGGCUGGCUGGCGCACGCGGCGCAGGCAGCGGUCGUGGACGCGGCCGAGGUGGGCGGUAAAGCACUGUGCCGCGUGCUGCACGCCGCCGACGAGUAUCCCGUGCUGUUUUCAGAUCCGGGCAUCGCGGCUGCCCACACCAUUGCCAUGUACGUGUCGCCGCCCGUGCCGACCAUUGUUGAGACUCUGGCAUCGCGCACCACGCGUGUCACCCGCGAGCCGCCCCGCGCUGUGAUCCCUGCCGUAACGGCAUUUCCUAAUGUCACCGUACCCAGCUUCUUGCCGACCGCCGCGGGGAUUCUGACGGGGAUUAUCGGGGGGUUUGGGUCGGGCCUGUCGCGCAUUCCGUAG